AUGAGCUGUCUGGAUGUUAUGUACCAAGUCUAUGGUCCUCCGCAGCCCUACUUCGCAGCCGCCUACACCCCCUACCACCAGAAACUAGCCUACUACUCCAAAAUGCAAGAAGCCCCGGAGUGCAGCGCCAGCCCAAGCAGUAUAGGCAGCGGCAGCUCCUCGUUCUCCAGCCAAACUCCAGCCAGUAUAAAAGAAGAAGAGAGCAGUCCAGAGAAAGAGCAGCCACCAGAGGCCGAGUACAUCAACUCCCGCUGUGUCCUGUUCACUUACUUCCAGGGGGACAUCAGCUCCGUGGUGGAUGAGCACUUCAGCAGGGCUCUAAGCCAGCCCAGCAGCUACUCCCCCAGCUGUACUAGCAGCAAAGCACCAAGGGGCUCAGGGCCCUGGAGGGACGGUUCCUUCCCGAUGAGCCAGCGCAGCUUCCCCGCCUCCUUCUGGAACAGCGCGUACCAGGCGUCCGUGCCCGCUCCCCUGGGCAGCGCGCUGGCCACCGCGCACUCGGAGCUGCCCUUCGCCACCGCCGACCCCUACUCGCCGGCCGCGCUGCACAGCCAUCUGCACCAGGGCGCCGCAGAGCCCUGGCACCACGCGCACCCGCACCACCCCUACGCGCUGAGCGGCACCCUGGGCGCCCAAGCCGCUGCUUACCCGCGGCCGGCCGCGGUGCACGAGGUCUACGCGCCGCAUUUCGCCCCGCGCGACGGGCUGCUGAUGCCCGCCGCCUCGGGGCGCCCGGCCCGCCUCGCGCCCGGCCCGGCGCCCGCGCCAGGCAGCCCGCCCUGCGAGCUCUCGGCCAAAGGCGAGCCGGCCGGCGCCGCGUGGGCCGCUCCCGGGGGACCCUUCCCCAGCCCCGCGGGGGACGUGGCCCAGGGCCUGGGCCUCGCUGUGGACUCAGCCCGGCGAUAUUCCCUCUGCGGGGCGUCCCUCCUGAGCUGA